AUCUUUAAAAAAUGUACAAUAAUUCUAACCAAGAUUAUUACUAAUACAAUCAGAAUACUUAACAGCAGUAUCAAUAAUAAUAACAACAACAAUAAUAUUAUAAUCCAUAGGCCUUUGAUACAUCGGAUGGAAAAGCCUAAAAAGUGAAUAAUAAUAUUGGAUGUAUAUUAUGAUCUAGAUUAUUUAGACUUGGGGGACUUUUAAGAUUCUUACAUUAGAGCAGACUUUGUAAAAAAGGUGUACACUCUUUUGACAAUGGAACUUUUGAUCACUUUAGGAAUGAUUGCUUUGGGACUUUACACACGAAUGAUUAAUUGGCUAGUAUAUAUAGAAGUGGAUGAAUUCGAUGUUUGUUAUUAUCAAGCAUUUGGACCUAUCAGAUGCUCUGGACCUAUUUAUUACCUUUAACCUUAUCCUACUUGGCUAUUCUAUGUGUCUUUCUUUAUUGCAUUGAUAAUGCAAUGUGCACUAUAUUGUGGUGGAAAUCUUGCAAGAAAAGUAAAUUACUUUGCUAUACUUAGGCUCCUGCGAAUUACAUAGUCCUAUUUCUAUAUAUUGUCUUCUUCGGAUUUACUCUAACAACCUUUUGCAUAUUAAUGGCCUUGUAUUGGGGAUAGGCUAUUGUUUGGUAAGCCUGGGGAAUCACUUUUAUGAUAGUUUUUGCAUUGACAUUAUAUGCAUGCAAGACGAAAACUGAUUUUUCUUUCAAAAGUAUCAACUGUUCCAUAUUUUUUAGUUGGUGCAAUUUUCAUUCUAUGUCCAACCAUGUUGAUGUUAGUCAUUAUGUUAUGCAUUUGGUGGAGUUACGUGGUCUAUAUCAUGUUGUGCACCUUAUUUAUAGUAAUCUAUGGAUUCUAUUUGAUAUGGGAAACCUAAUUAAUUAUGGGCAAAGGAGUAAGAAUAUUUAUAAUAUUAUUAUAGAAACUUAAAUUAUCAAUUGACGAUUAUGUGAUUGGAUCUUUGUUGCUCUAUGCUACUAUAAUUUAGUUGUUCCUCAGAAUCAUAGAAAUUUUAGCCAUAGCCCGUGGAAAAUGAAAGUUAUAAUAAUAAUAAUAAUAUCAACAUAACAUAU